CAUGAGUAGUCAGGAGUUGGUUGUUCUGAGUGUGGGAGGUGUGAGGUUUGUAACCCGGGCUUCUACCUUGCAGCAGUUCCCCGAGUCCAGGCUGGCACGGAUGGUGAAUGACAAUGACCGGGAAUUUAAACUUGUGAAUGGAGAGUUUUUUGUGGACAGAGAUGGAACUUUGUUUACUUACAUCAUGGACUUCUUGAGGACUCUCCAGGUAUCCUUACCAACUGAUUUCUCAGACUAUCAGAGGCUGCAGAGAGAAGCAGAAUACUAUGGACUUUAUCCCCUGGCUGACCUCCUAAGCCAAGAACAUUUGCUGAAGCCAAGGCUGGAGAUCUUGGAAGUGCAUUUUUCUCUCCAAGAAAUGCAGGCCUUUUUCCGGAUCUUUGGUUCCUGCAGUACCACCAUUGAGGCACUAGCUGAGCAGAUCACGGUGUUUACAGGGCAGCAGUCAGGACAGGGCUGGAACAGCCCCUUUUCUUCUCAGAAACGACUUGUUCCACUUCCUUUGGAAAGACCCUCUCAUCAUGACAUGGUUUUUCUGUGUGGUACUGAGUAUUCUGCUGGUGACCAAGUCGUGGCCAGGUAUGUUUCCAUAAAGCCUGAUAAUAGAAAGCUGAUUAAUGGUACUAAUGUGCUAGGCCUGCUGCUCGACACUUUACUCAAAGAUGGAUUUCGCCUCAUAAGCACCAGGACAGUCGCCAGUGAAGAAAAGGUUGAAUGCUACACUUUUGAAAGGAUGAAGAGGGCAGCAGGCCUUGCCAUCAUGGUGAACCAAACUGCAGGGAGCUCUGGGGUAGCACAGGCAAGGAGAAGCCAAGUGCAGAAAAGGAAAUAAAGGCUUUUCCUUCUGUCUUAUGAAUGUAGAAGAGGGAUGUGUCAGCACUAGUGUUUUUUUGUUGUUGUUGUUGUUUUGGCUUGUUUGAAACUGCAGCUAUUGAGGGAUGUAACAAACGUUAUCUUUCAAGUAUUUAGGGGAAAAAUUGCUUUCUUGCCUUUUACUGCUCCACCCUCUUUAAGUAAAAGAAGCCCACCAGAUUUCAGCAUCUCCAAGAGUUGUUUUUGUUUUUUUCUCUCUGGCUAAAAUUUACAUGAGGACUCACAAUGCAUCUGCCAUCCCUUCUAGAAAAGGGAUGUUUUUCUGUUCUGUGCUAAUCUGCAAAUAGAUUUUAAAAGCAUGGUAAUACAUGAAGAAAUAACAUCUUGAUGCAACUAUCAUCCCAACAGUUUGGAGAAGUGUCUGGAGGAGAACUGCAAACUCCAAUGAUUGCAUAGUGCUUCCACUUACUGACUCUUGCAGUUGGCUGAGAGCAGUGUAAGGGGAACAUCCCAAGCUGUGCUGCUGUGUUGCUUUGAGGAAGCUGUUGCUGAGGUCUGUGAAAUAACAUGUGACUGACUCUUGCAGAACACUCCUCUGUCCUCUCCUCCCACUCUGGUGGCAUUAAGAUGCUCUUUGGUUCUGAGAAUUGAAUGAUAAAGAUCUUUGUGAACAGAAGGUCAGUUAAUUUUUAGUGCUUUCACCAUAAAAAGGAUGAAAAUGUGAUAAACAGUCCUUCAGAUGAAAGAAUUUGUACAGUGUCGAACAAAAUAGUGCAAAGGAUUUUUUAGCACUUGUUAAAGUACAACACAGUUCGAAGGCUUAGCAGAAGUGGCUUUAAGAGCCUUGGGAAUGUUAGUCCUGUACAAAGCUUUGUAAAGAUUCCAAAAUUAGCUCAGGUACUGAGACAGGUAAGUUAAUGAAGCUUUAUAAAUUAAGAAUCUUCUGUUCUUCCAUCAAGGCAGGGAAAGAAGAUAGCAAUAACUUCAGGGAUUCAUUAGUUGCAUCUCUGUUUUGUUGCUGGUAAAACACCAUCCUCCCAAGGCUUCAAACAGCCCAGGAGAACCACUUUGGGCUUUCUUGGCUGACCGUUUAGAUCUGGAUUUUCAUUAAUUUUAAAAUAUGAAUGCAUUACUCUAUUUUCAGUACUUCAUAAUGGGGAUAGGGACUCAGCCAUCAGUUUCUUGCCCUGAGUUUCAGUGAAAUAGAUCUUCCCAGACUGGUGAUGCCACUAUCGGAUACCUUUUCUUUGGCUACUGUUCUGGGGCAUUUCAGCUUGA